AUGGAGAUGUCUGUAAAUAAACUGGGAUCAUCGCACGUGACCAGUGGCCAGUGCCCUUCCUACUGGACACGUGCUCUGUUUGGCUUCAGCCAUUCACCGUCUAGCGUCGUCUCUUCAACCCUUCUCGCCACAGUUGGUGUUUCCUCUUCUCUGACCAUGUCAGAAAAUUUCCAAAAAGCAUCUUUGCCUGGAACUCCAAAUUCUCUGCAGCUCUCUCUUCCUGUGGUGAGCAAUGCGGCUCCCCCAACAGGCAGUGCCUGCAACUUCUCCAGGGUCUCUGCACAACCCGUCAGCUCGGCAUGGCUACUGCCAUCAGCCUCUGGCACCUCUUUCCAACCACUCGUGGCUAGUGCCUACUUUAACCAACAUUCUAGCACAACCAUGCUGUCUGGAGUUUCUGGACAGAGGCAGAUCUCCACUUCAGCUGCUUCCUGUUCAGGUAUUUUUGGAUGGGACAACACAGGAAGCACUGAGAAGAAAUCAUGUUCCCUCCGUGACUUCAGUGUCACUGUCAUUGACCAGGACAUGGCUGUUUCUUCCAUGCCUGUAUCAGCACAAUACGAUAAAAUUUCAGACAAAAAUAUCGGGGACCCUCGGCAUCCAUCAAUGUCUGCUAGCCUUGUGCAGGGAACAUCUCAGAUUCCAAAUCAAGGAAAUGCCCUGUCAGUUCCCUAUCAGGAAGGGAGCCAGACAUACUACCAUAAUCAAGGCACACUGGGGACCCUGCUCUCUGGACAGCUUGGCCCCCACCUGCAGACAUAUGACUGUGUGUCAUACACAGGAGGCAGGGCUACUGCCUCUCAACAACAAAUGAUGAUGGUGCUGAAGGAUGUUGAAACUACAAAGGGCCUACCAACAGCGUCGGUGCCCAGAAUUUGCCACUCGAUGUCUGCUCAACCUGUCACAGAAGCAAAUUUUCAAGUGAUGGAAACUUAUCUGAGGAUGGAGACUUCCCUGGGCCUGCAACUUCAAAGUCAGACAUUUUGUCUGACACAAACUCCAGAAUUCUCGAAGUCCUGCAGUAGGAGAAAUAUCCAGAUACUUGAAAGUAACCCACAAUCUGAGCUUGAAGACUUUUCAGUGAGAGCUCCCGUCAAGAAUUCUGGUAAUCUCCUUGCACUGCCUCCAGCUCCAAGCCAGGAACAAACAGAAUUGGAUGAGAUUAAAACCAAGCUUUCAAAGUCUCUGGAGGUCUACCAGGUCACAAAAGAAAAUCAAGAUUCUCCACUCCUCCCCAUACAAAUCCCUGAUAUUCACCAGCUUCUGGCCUGCAUUGAUCCCCUCAGCCAAGAGGAGCAGUCGUGUUCUGAAAAAGGUAAUCUUGGAAAGAACAGCACGGUUCUUGAGGACCAAGGGACAUUUGAAAAUGGGAUGGAGUCUAGCAGUGGUCUUGCAGAUACUGCUACACCGGUGGAGGAUGUUCACCUCCCCCAGCUCUUCAAUUCUUUGAAGGACCUUGAUCAGUCUAAAGUUCCCAAGGCAAUGAAAGCCAAAGAUACCAACACCAUCAAAGCAAAUCAGGUGCAGGAAAAGUCAAGUGUGAUAAAGGGUCCCUCUGAGCAAAUCAGGAAGAACAAACACAAAGCCUCUGACCCUAUCAGUGGUGCUCCCAAGGCCAAAAUCCAGCCAAAGAACCCAGAGUGCCUGUUAGAGGAAGAAGUGGUUGUCUGCAAUGCUGCAGCCAGUGACAAGGCUCUUACUGCCAAGACUUCUAACAGGAAACCUCAGAAAACAGCAUCCAGCAGAAACAGCAUAACUAAGGGCCAUGGGCAGGAAAAGACCAAAAGGUCCAGAGAAAACAACUCCAAGAAACCUGAAGAAAGUAAGCAGACAGGCAACAAAGUUAAGGGGGAAGAAAAGCCAACCAUUCCCAAGAGAAAGAGGAAGAAAAAUCAACCUGAAUUCAUCCAAGAGAGCUUUAAAAAGCCACGAAGUGGCCUGGGCAUGCACAUGCUGGAACCUGGACAGGUUUUUCAUGCACUGGGGAAGGAGACUGAUAAGAAAAGGGGACUUCCUACUUCUCAGACUCUGGGACAUUCCAACACCACCAAACACCACCGGCCACCCCCAGCUAACAAACCAGGGCUGGAUACUCCACGUGAGGGAAAAGGUCCGGAGAAAACUCAAGUCAAAGCCCAGAAAGCAGAAGGCAGUGCUGAGAAAGAGUGUUCCUCUCCAUCCCAAUACGAGCGGCCACCUCCUGGGAAGGUCAAGUUGAUACCUUUGCCUUUUCUGACCAUAGACAAGCCUCCAACUCGACCUGUUCCUCGGAGGCCACAGUCUCUGGCCUCACGUCGGCUUUCUGUAGCUCACCACGCCCGCCCUGUUUCUACCAGUUCAGCACAACCUACUGCCGUCAAUCCAUCGCGGCCAACUCCUGUCAGUGCAUCCUGGGCAGGCUCUGCCAGACCAGCUCGGCCAAUUUUGACCAACCCAACCAGGCCAGGUUUAAACAACCCUACCAGGCCUAGCGUUCGUCAGCCUGCUGUUUCGAGGCCUGCACCCUACAAAACAUCCUCCUGCACUUCUUUCCAACGGGACCCUGUUCCCACUGCUGGGACCAAGCUCCAGUCCCCACCCAAGCCUCAAAACCAGUUUCUACUCCAAGAUUUCGCCUCUCAACCAAUUCCGUGGAGGAAGCCCAAUGUUCCUGAGCCGGUGAUGUCAAAGCCCAUCACAGAAGAGCAGAGACCAGAGCGUGAGGCCAUGAAGAGGAAGGCUCAACAGGAGCGUGAGAAUGCUGCCAAAUACACAUCUUUGGGGAAAGUGCAGUUCUUCGUUCAAAGAGAGAAAGAUAUGGAAAUUGCUGACUACUACGGCUACCCAAUAUAAUAGGAGCUACUAGGAUUUUUGGUGUACCAGCUGUAUACCAGCUAU